AGAGAGCAUCGAUGGACACUACCCGUUUAAAUUACAAAGCAAUUAUAAGAGAGAACAAUACUUCAUCGAACCUUUCGUUGAGGAUGGACAGGUUUUGGGCUACGUUGAUUCUGGUGUAUAUACUCAAUUUCUCAAAGUUAUUGGACGGGGAAGUGCUUCAUAUCACAGUUCUGACCAUAGGACAUACAGCAAUCGAAACAACCAAUAACGUACAGUACCAAUGUUACAGCAGUGAACCGGACAGGGAUGCCUCUUUGUCUUUUGGUCGAUCCGCACCCAUAACAACCAACAUACAACCACCAAGAGAUGAAGAUCAUUCGACAGUUUAUCAAUUUGUCAGAGUGGUCAGAUUCCAUCAAGAUGAUAGAUGGCUUUCGGAUGGAUUUGGUCCCUUCUUCUGCGAGGCGUCAAAACUGGAUCGAGAAGUUACCCGCAUUACAACAUUUUUCCAACGAAACGAUGCUAAAUUCAGAUCAAGUGAAGGAAUAUUCACGAAGACAGUCAAUGUGCUUGACGUAGGAGUGAUUAUUCCGAUAGAAGCCCGUUACCCACCCGAUGCCAGUGGCAAUGCGAUAACUUGGAGGAAAGAUGGAAGUGAUAUUCUUACACAAUUUGAGGGACAGGCACAGAUCAGCUUCCCAAACCCGAUCCAGAUAUCAGACCGAGGGAUUUAUGAGAUCUACUAUGAUGGCGAGAGAAGUCAGAACAGAGGAGGAAUAUACAGACUCAUAGUCAGAGAAUGUCCUGCUGGUAAGUGGGGUCCGCCUCAAUGCUAUGGUAUCUGUGAUAACUGCUAUAAUGGAGGAGUAUGUGACGACAAGUCUGGUCUGUGUAUAUGUCCCAAUAAUUUCAAAGGAGAUAACUGUUUACAUGUUUGUCGGGACGAUGGUGGAAAUCGUUUUGGCUUAAACUGCGAGUUUCAGUGUUCGUACAACACAGAUGGAAGAACUCGGUGCCAUGGAAAGCUAUUUUGCUUACCAGAUCCUUACGGAUGUUCAUGUGAUGUUGGUGCUCAUGGUCCUGAAUGCAAUACACCAUGUUCAGCUGGUAGGUACGGUCCAGGGUGCUCACAAAUGUGUCACUGCGCAGGCGGAGCAUCAUGUAACAUUUUCAGUGGAACAUGUCGAGCUGGAUGUCAGUCUGGCUGGUCAGGGAACAAUUGUCAAAUUCCAGAUGUGUGUAAAGACGGUUAUUAUGGAUCCCAGUGCAUUGAUAAAUGUCAUUGCUUGAACAAUCUACCUUGUAAUAAACGUACAGGACAGUGUCUUUGGAUGAAGUGUGAUAUAGGAUACCAUGUACGCAGUGGCCGGGUCAAAUGUGACGUUCUUCCAGUCUUAGAGAACGCGCCAACUAUAGUGAGCAUUUCACCAACUACAGUGGGUCUUGAGUGGGAUCCUUGGUCUGCAGAGGACCACCUGGGUGUUACUAAUCUGAUAGGAUAUGAUGUCUUCGUAAAGAAAGAAGGCGAUGACUGGGGGAAGGAUCAGAGAGUAAACAGAUUCGCCACAUCGGCUACGGUCAUUGACCUUGUUCCUGACACAGAAUACAGUUUCAGUGUUGCAGCGGUGCGAGAAGGAGAUGGUGGGACUGGGCCCCUGUCUCACCCGUUGAUCGGCCCAACAACUCUCUGCAUUGAACCCAGUGCUUCUCCAACUGGUUUACAAGUGGAAGCAUCUAGACCUAAAGAACUCCAAGUUAUAUGGGAGCACGUCCCUAUAGAAUCCGUAAAUUGUAGGAGCGGAGUAACGUUUUAUAAAAUCUACUAUUCCCCCUCUGGAUCACCUGCUUCAAACUCGAGCAUGGUUUCUAGUGAUGUGAACAACUACACAAUUACAGGUCUAGACACCUUUCUCGAAUAUACCAUUCAAAUAAGUGCAUGGAAUAAAGAUAAGGAAAGUAAGAAGCGCACAGAGAGGGUAGGCAAAACCCUGGAAGAAGUCGCCCCAGCUCCCAUUAAUGUAACAGUUCCAAGGAGUACUCCCAGUUCCUUCACCGUAACCUGGGCCACUCCUCUACCGUCCAACCUCAAUGGAAAUAUUCAGAAGUAUAAAGUCCGCUACCAACAAACUGAUCCGAGUGUAGAAGGUGUCCAUAAUAUGGAAGACAUAAUGAUGAACCUGAUAAGAGGGGAGUAUACUGUUACAGACUUACCAGCAGAAACCAACUACUCAGUGCAGAUACAGACUGUGAAUGGAGCUGGUUCUAGUAACUGGUCGGAACCUGUAAAUGCCAAGACCGUAUACUCAGGUGGAUAUGUUCCGUCAAUAGAACUGCUAAUAUGGUGUGUGGUGGCUUUUCUCGGCAUCCUCCUGGUUUUCAUCAUUGUUAUUGUCAUUGUUAGGAGGAGAGGAAACCGCACAUGUCGGGGCCAAGCGACAGCCACGGCGAAGCAGACUGAUUUUUCUACUGUCACUUAUGAAGUUGAAGAAACCGACAACACUUACAAUGAAGUAUCUUAUGAUGGUUUGUCCGUUAACCAUGCUUACAAAGAAGACCUUCCACUGGUAACACGCCCAUCUUCGAAACAACCCAUCAAACCAAGUUUGAAACCUGAAAAAUCAAAAGGGAGUCCGAUAACCAUGGUAACUUCACUUCUCCCUGCAUGCCCUGAGAGGCUGGACAAGAAAGAAGUGUCUUCACCGAAGCCCAAUCCAUUUGUCCUGUGUGAGAAAGAGAAAUUUCGAAACAUGGGAAAUGAUGAUGUCAACAUUGACAUGAGAAAGAAGAUUGAAACGCCAGUCCAGUCUCGAAGACAGGAAAAUAUCGUAUCACCGGAAGUGAUGUGGGACCGAACUAGGAUUCAGGAAAAUCUAGGAAAGGGUGGCACUGAAGAAGGCGAUACUGGGGAUAUCUACCAGGACGUGACGAUUCCAGCAAUGGUGUCGGUAUCCGAGCUGGAGAUAUACAUCAAAAGAAAGACAAAUGGGAAGAUUAAUGAACUGGCCAAUGAAUUCGAUCUUAUCAGUGCCGAGCAACUGCAUCCUUGGAAUGUAGCAUCUAAAGAGAAGAACAAGGCUAAGAAUCGCUUCAGGAAUAUCCUUGCAUAUGACCAUUCUCGUGUUGUGCUCAAGAAGGUUGAUGGGGAUCCCCAUUCCGACUACUAUAACGCUAACUAUAUCAAUGAUUUUCGAGGGGAGAGAACUUUCAUAGCAUCACAAGCACCAAACACGGCAUCUUUGACAGCAUUCUGGAGGAUGAUUUGGCAAGAGAAUGUUGCCACUAUCGUCAUGUUAACCAAGUUGAUGGAAGCAGGAAAGGAUCGCUGCAGACAGUAUUGGCCGAAGAACCCGGGAACCGUUGAAGUCAUUGGUGACUUUUCUUUGACCUUGAUGGAAGUCGAGCAGUUCUCGGAUCACACAGUACGGACUGUGAUCGUUAAAAUGGCAGAGCAAGGAGUCGACGUAGGUGGUGUCGAGGAAAGGCGCACCAUCACGCAAUACCACUACACUUCUUGGCCUGACAUGGGUGUGCCGGAGUACUACACCACCUUAAUCAGCUUCAGCAAGUCUGUCAAGCAACAUCAUAAGAGGGUACAAUCAACAGGACGAACAAGUCCUCUGCUGGUGCAUUGCUGUGCUGGGGUAGGGAGGACUGGAACCUUCCUAUGUCUUUACAACAUGCUCGAUAUGAUGAAGGAAGAAUGCGGAGUUGACAUCUUUGGUUUCAUCUCCCGGAUGAGGGACAACAGAUUCAAGAUGGUUCAAAAGAAGGGGCAAUACGUGUUCCUGUACAAUGCCUUGCUAGAGGCAUACCUUAGCGGCGAUACAGAAAUUCCGGCCGUCAAAUUCCGAGAGGUGAUGGACACGGCACAAAGUGGCAUCUCCGCGACAAAGAGAGAAAGCAUUCACUUGGAAUUUGAGACACUGCGAAAAGUGAAUCCAUCACCACCAACUAACAGCUUUCGAAGCGGAAGGGCUUCCAGUAAUCAAAGGAAGAAUCGCUUUCCUGAUGUUCUUCCACUGGAAAGUAACAGGCCAUACCUUCUAUGCCGUGGAUUAGAGGAUAGCACUGACUACAUCAAUGCAUCGUUCAUAAAUACAUUCCUGAAGCGAAAUGUGCUCCUUGCCACCCAGUCUCCGUUGCCAAACACUGUGGUUGAUCUCUGGAGGCUUGUCAUUGAUCGGAAGUGCCCAGUCAUUGUUAUGCUCAAUGAAUUGGAUGGGGAGUCCUGUGUCCAGUACUGGCCAGAAGAAGAAAGCAUUGCAUUUGGACCAUUAGAGGUCACUGCACUCGAAUCUGGACUCAGUACAGUAAACUUCGUCAAGAGGAAGUUUGGUGUGACCUCUGACACUGGACAGUGCAUCAACGUUGAGCAGUUUCAGAUGCGUGGAUGGGGUUUGUCAAACGACAAGCCGGACUCCCCCCUCUCACUUAUUAAGCUCAUUGAAGCUGUUGAGGGCAGCAUUGAGAAAGCAGAAAGCAAGGGACCUGCUAUCGUUCAUUGCAUAAACGGGAUUGGUCGUAGUGGUGUUUUCUGUGCCUUGUGGUCAGUCUUUGAGAAACUCAGAAAAGAGGAUAACGUAGACAUCUUCCAAGCAGUCCAAAGGCUCCGGUCAAACAGACCCCGCAUGGUUGAAUCAUUGGAACAGUAUGAACUUUGUCAUGAAGUCGUGAAUGAAUAUCUGCAUCAGUUUGAAGAAUAUGCAAAUGUGGACACCAUCGACGAUCAACUUCCUAGCAUUUGACAUUGAUUUUGUGAAGGCUACUUCAUUUGGACGGUGUUCACUGGUACACUUGCACAGUCGCUCACCAGUUCUCCCUUGGGAGGAAAUUAUUUCAUUUGUUCUUAGGUAUACAUCAUCUCAGCAUCCAGAUGCAUUGUUAUUAUAAUAGAGGAAAAUCCCACGAUGUUAAUGAGUAGAUUAAAAGAGUUGUAUCGGCAUGGCCUGCUAAUGCCCUAGUAAAACAAUCUGGGGCCUGUUGCAGAAAGAGUUGCGUUUAAACGCAAGUCAAAAUAUCAAGCGUAAGUCCCGAAUACGGGAGCUUCAUUGGCUGAAAAUCAAGUUGCGCAAGAUUUUUGCGUUUGAUCGCAACUCUUUCUGCAACGGGCCCGUAGGGCGCCUAACACAAAGCCUAGCAAUCGACCGUGAGGCUGCUUGGUUUCUACAAUUAAUUUCAUUGACUCUUGUGUAGGUUCAAUCGUCCUCGGUCUGCAAGAAGAAGAAGAAGAAAAAAAAUCACUACACUGUAAAAAAUGAAGCGCUAAAUUAGCAGUUAAAGUGCUUGUUUAGUGAUUGCACUACGAGUGCUGAUUUUCUAUUUUAAAUUUGAACUAAAAAAAACAGCACUCGUAGUGCAGUUACUAUGUAAGCACUGUAAGUGCUAACUUAGCACUUCAGUUUUUACAAGGUAUGUUGUCAUAAAAUGUAUCAAUGGUGAUACCUGCUCAUGAAAACCACUUUUCUGUGUCCCUCAAUACUCAAAUAUUCCUCAUGUUUUAUUUCAAUUCAUGACCAUUUUACCAAGACUCUUAAUGAAUUACUCAUCUACCACAAAUACUAGAUUUAUUUGUUGGGACAAUCUUACCAGAAACGACAAUGGGUGAUAUAUCGUUUCUUUUUGAUAAAUGAUUAUAUCUUCAGUGCUGUAGCUAGAAUAUUAUAGUAUGCUUCACACAAAAGUACUUUCAAUCACUUAAUUUCGGUAUGUAAGGUGAGGAAAUUGAAUAUUAUAGACUCAUUGUAUCAA